CUUCUUUCAGUAUUGGGCAUCAAGUAGCUAACGAGUACCUAGUAUAGUCUUAAUAGAUGGCUUUCUAUACAUCAUGUACCGUGGGUGUAAGUUUGGCACAUGGGAUGCUGAAUACUAGAUAUUGCAAGAAAUAAGGUUCGUCCUCGAUCGAACCCAUAUAUUGCGCCAAAAGCCAGAACAACAGAGUUUUCAAGAUAACACAUCAGACUUUUCAAGCCCAGGAUAUAAAGUUAGGCAUGAACCCCAAAUCCUAAUCUUCGAUCCAGCAGGCACCGGCACAAAGAAGACUCUUCAAGGUUCAAGGCCAUCUCAUCUUCCUCAGACUGCUGUAUAAAUCCAACUUCCAGCCCCUUCUAGCACGCUUUUUGGAGUCUACCCCUUUUAUUCCUCUUCUGAGCGCAACGAAGAAAAUCGAUACACGACAGAAUGAGACUACGCAGCUGGAGACCCCCAUGGGAUUAUCUCCCCGCAGAGAUUCGCAUCAUGAUCCUAGAAAAACUCGCAAGCCAGAAAUAUCCCGGCUGGGCUUCACUUGCGUCUGUGUGCAGAGAAUGGCAGUGCGUUCUAGAAAAGCUCAAUUUCCACAAGAUAUCACUGCAAGUGUCUUGUCUCGACGAUUUCGCCCUCCUUUCGCCACAAACGAGAAAGCUUGUCCAUCACAUCUAUUUCCGUGUAGAGUUACCACGAUACUCGUACAGAUGUUGCUGCAAACACCGCUCGCGUCUAACCGACGUCAGCCCUAUCGUCACCGAUGCGAUAUCGAAACUGUUCUCUAUCCUGAGUAGUUGGGAGCCAGCGGGUAACUUGGCACUGGAGCUCAAUGCAUAUUCUCCCAGCGACUGCGAACAUUGGUUCAAGAACAUUCAUUUGUCCUCAGACAACGUUGAUCAUGAAGGGGACGCAACACCAACAGCUGGGACCGGAACUCUGGGUUCUGACCCGCAACAUGGCUGGUUUGACGGCCAACCAUUCCAACCCCCUCAGAGACACGCAAUUCAACGACUCUUUAAGCCUAUCAAUCUAAAAUUACGAGUAUCAUCGCCUAAAGUUGAAGCAGUCACCCGCCUCAUUAUCCGUCGACAACUCCGGCGUUGCAUUGACGUAAAGUCAUUCGCCUGUAUGUUCCGCAAACUUAAUCAUCUAGAGCAAAUAUCUUAUGAGCCAUGGAAGCCAUGGGACGGUUGGCGAAUUUCCGAAAAUCAAGCUUACGCUUUUGGAAUGAGAUGCCUUCCAGAUACCGUCAACACCUUGGUAAUAUUUGAGGAUUCCUAUAGAUUCUAUAAUCGCUUUCCUCCCAGGUGGCCGUCCUGGCUCCAAUCCUUCCUCCAAUCAACUGAUCCUGGUGAAGAAAUUGACGCGGGUUUCGUAUCCAAAAGUCUCCAAUUACAACACCUCUCCAUCUCCUUCAUGGUCAACGCCGAAGCUUUUUUUCAGAAAUGUCAAUCGGAUUGGACCUGGCCGCGUUUGCAAUCUCUGGCGCUUACAUCAAAGCUCCUACGGCACGAAGCAGAGCACCGGGACCCAAUUACGAAUUUGCUGCUCCGAGCUGGGGUUCUUGCGCAGCAGAUGCCCAUGAUACACACGUUUGUCCUUUGGAACUGCGAAAAGGCACACGCCUGUGCAUUUAUAUACCGCGUAGAAAGAGGCACUGCCUCGAUCACUUGGCGUGGAACGUGGAAGCUCAAGUUGCGAUCUCGUGUGGUAAAGGCAUGGCAAGUCGUUGCCUCAAAGCGGCGUAUGCACCGUUCUGAACUUCAAGUAAAGCAGGAUGAUAUCAAAGCGGCGAUAAAUUGCCCCGGCGACGCAAUUUAUCAUCUUAAACUUCCCUGCCAAGUCAUUGAGCCUGCGUCUCUUUGGCAGAUCAGGAGGGAAGGACACACCAUAUGGUGGUAGUUGAAUAUACCCUCGUCGUCAUCAACAUCAGCAGCAGCAGUAGCAGUAGCGGUAAUCUGCCUCACCAUAGAGUAUCUCUACUCCCCUCUGGACUCUCCUCUAGAAGCUGUUGCCAUUGCUACUUGCUUCAAUAUCCGCUAUUAUUGCUGCUUUCAUCUAGUAUCUGUCGUCAAGUUGGAGACCUAUAACGGAAUGAAACAG